UUUCUCUUUCCUUUUCCGUUCUAAACCCUAGGUCUCGUGAAAUCGGCGAAACCCUAGCUCUCUAGGGUUAAGAAAUUACCCCGAGAAAAUUAGACAAAUCGAAGGAUUCUCCUGCACGAAACCUCCGAUUCGACACGCUAACCAUUUGCCCCAAGAUAUCUUGUGCGGAUCGGUGCGUGAUUUGGAUUCUCUGGAUCAUUUUUAUCCAGGGAUCGAUUUUGGUGCUUCUUGGAAUAACACGCUCGAAAUUUUGCAAUCAGAUCUGAAAUUUCGGUUUCGAUCUGAGCAUCAUGUAUAAUAGAAGAUGAGAUUUGGGGGUUUUGAUUUUUCUUCCUGUGGACCGAGGGGUUGUAGAUGGAAGAUAGCAUUCAGAAGCCUGCUUCAUCCAAUACCUCUAAAAAGUCAAAAUCGUUGCAUCUCCAGAGCAUCUACGCUGAGAAAUCGAGGCAUUCCACUGGAAAAUCUAGAGUUGAGAACUGGAAUUCGAACACAAUCCAGGAAUCUAAGGAUUUAAAGCGGAAACAUCGAUCAUCAUUGGAACAUGGAGCCUCUGUUGCGGUGGAAUCAAGGAAGAAAAGGAGCAGAAGGAAUGUCUCGUUGAGUAAUUUUGUUCCCAUAUCCGAUAGGUGUCAGAAGGAUCUGAAUACCUCGACGCCAAAGUCAAAUGGUUUAGGUGGCGCUUCGCUGAAAGAGAGUGAUCUAAGCGAGCAUUCCACCCCAAGAAAGGAUGAAGACAGUAGAGCUCUGAAUGUGGGUAAUUUGGAGAGCUCAUAUGGUUUAGGUGACACUGUUGCCAUUCUGGAAAGGCCCCAUGGCAUUUUAGGGAAAACAAACUCUUCUGAAAGCUCUACUAGCUUGAAGUGUGCAACCAAUGAUUCUAUUUGUGGUGCCAAUGACCAGACAAGUAAAUUAUCCAUCAAUCUGGAGCCCCCCUCUUAUGUCUCAAUCAACAAGAAGAAAAAGAAAAAAUUCCGUGAACUUGUGGACAAUGGUUCAAUUAGAGACCAUCUUGACUCCAGCAUCAAGGUUAAAAGUGGGAAUGCUGUCCAGAUUACUUUGAGAAAGGCUAGAAGAAGAAAGAGACAGAGCACCAUAAUGGAAAAUAGGACCCUAGUGGAGGCUCAAGCUUGUUUAGUUAAGGAUGAAGCGAAGUUCUAUGAUGAUUUUUUAGAUGAUGAUGAGGAGAACCUCGAACAGAAUGCUGCUAGGAUGCUUUCAUCUCGUUUUGAUCCAAGAUGCACUAGGUUCUUGGGGAAUAAGAUGGCAUCUGUAAAACCAACAAAUGGAUCAUCUUUACUGUUAUCUCACAAGAACUUCAAGGGUGAAGAAUCAGAGAUGGUUUCAGUUGAUGCUUCUAGUAGAGUGUUAAGGCCAAGAAAACACAUUGGUAAAAGUCUUGUUAGGAAGCGUCGGCAUUUCUAUGAAGUCAGCUCUAGCGAUAUGGAUCCCUAUUGGGUUAUAAAGCAGCGAAUCAGGGUCUAUUGGCCUUUGGACAAGACUUGGUAUUUUGGUGUGGUUAAGAAUUAUGAUCCGGUAACUAAGAUGCACCAUGUCAAAUAUGAUGAUCGGGAUGAAGAAUGGAUUGAUCUCCAUAAUGAGAGAUUCAAAUUGUUGCUUUUUCCUAGUGAAGUUGAUGUUAAGCUUAACCCUGAAAAAUUAGGGACAGCUGUGAAGCAAAAAACUGAAGAUGAGGAUAGGAACGAUAUGGAUGAAAACUCUAUGGCAAGCAUUAUGGAGUCGGAGCCCAUUAUCUCAUGGUUGCCUCGAUUAACUCAUGCAGUCAAAUCACCCAAACAUGUUAUCAGAAAGAAGCAACAAAGGAUACAUCUGCCCAUGGAUUGCGGGCCUUCAAUCUCAUUGUUACCUAAUGAGUGCAAAUCUGUGAGCAUGCCUAGUAUGGCCUCUAAUAAAUUAUCGUCUAACAGUACUAUGCCAGAUUGGUCAAUCAAUGAGCACAUUAGUGAAGUGCCACGUGUACUAGGGAGAAGCAUUGGCUCCGACAACAGCAACAUAUCUUUUGUUUAUAUAAGGAAACGCUUUCACAAGAGGGUGAAGGGCUUGGACAAUGCACUAGAUGAUUCUGCUUCCGUAGGUGGGCCCAUUGAUUUGCUUGCUUCUGUUGCUGACAAUGAGUCAGCUUUUGAAGAACUGCAUUAUGCUGCCACAACAAGAGAACUCAAACAAACUACAUGGAACUUGAUCUUCUCACUCCAAGGCAUUCGUUUUCAUGCAUUUGAAACUAAAAUCAUUUCGCUAUCUAAUGCUGAUUUUCUCUUUCAUCAUGGUAUACUGAUGCAUCUAUGGCCAACUGUUCAUAUGGAAAUAGUUAUUGUUGAUAAUGUUCAGGGGUUAAAGAUUUUGACAUUUGAAGGCUGUUUAAGGGGGACAGUUGCUAUUAUUUGUUUGAUCAUGGCCACAAUCCAUCCGCAAGAAACAUGCAACAGGCUGCCGGAGCUGCAAAUUCCGUUCACUUCAGUUGAAUUUAAGCUUUCAGGCCUGCAACAUGAAAGAAAUCAGCUUCUUUUUGUGAUAUAUAGCUUUAUGGAGCUGGAGUGUUCGAAAUGGAAAUUCUUGGAAAAUAAACUUGGACAUCAAUGUAUUUCAAAAAGCAAGCUACCUAUUGCUGACUGCACAUAUGCCAAUGUGAAGAGCCAGUUGACUAUAAGUAACCGCCUACUAUGCCCUUAUGCUUUUGAAGAGCCAGACACAUCUGUGGAUUUCCGAGAAAGAGAUUGCUCAGACAUAAAACAAAGAGGUGUCUUUAGAAAAUCAGCCUGUCUGGCUAUUGACACUGAACUUUGCUAUUCUGAUGACAAGUGCAAGAUGCUUACUUCAGAUGCUCUUUGUUGUUCUGUUAACCCUUCAUUUUUUCUGAACAUGCAUCUCAAGUCUUUGAUGGAUAAAAAUGCAUCUCUCAUCAGCUUACAAAAGCCCAAUUCAACAUCUUCACAUGACUGCCCAGGAAACUAUGGUGGGUUUAUCAGUGGGGGCCACUCCCCUGUUGAGGAUUCGUCUGACCAAGUAUCAGAGGUCACCCUCGAAAAUCUUGGUUCUUCUUCAGGCCAGACUGCUACCAGUUCUGGAUGGUUAAAUUAUGGUCACUCAAAGGUAGAGACUGAUGCUCUCUCUGUAAGCAAUGAUGGUGAUUGGAUGAAAUCCUCUCAGAAACUCUUCAAACAUGAUGUUGAUAUGACUGGGAAUUCUGUAGGUUGCAGUGAUUUGGGGAAGAAUGCAAUUAAUGAGACAGGCAUCCAAUGCCAAAAGUUUCACCGGGGUGCUGAAAAGACAUGUUCUUCAUUGCCCGAAGAUUCUUCUUCUCCAGAUCAGUCUGAUGGUGCGUAUACUUCUUGUUUGAAUGAAAGCAAUGCCCAGACAAUAUUUGCUCAAGUUGAGGAAAAAAUAUAUGGUAGUGGAAGACAAUCAGUUCUGUCUGCAUCCAACUUGGUCUCAGAAAUGAAUGGUGAUAUGACCCACAGCCCAAAUACAACAGCUCAACAAAGCAUAUGGCAUCACAAUCAGCAUAAUUUGAUUUCACCACAAUUUGCUCAUUACUCGAAAUUGUGGCCAGAAGAUUUUGUUCAGAAUGGAUUUGUUAAUAGUACUAGAAAACCUCGAACUCAGGUUUCGUGUUCAUUGCAAGUUGGAAAUUAUGGCUUUGGUUCAAAAAAUCAAGGCCAUCAGAAGAAAGGACAUCUUUUUAAGAAAAUUAAAACUGCAAACAGGAUGCUUAAUGGUUCUGAAGUUCCUCAAGCCUACCUAGAAUCAUUGACUUGUGAUGCAAAUGUCCUGGUUACAGUAGGGGACAGGGCUUGGAGAGAAUGUGGGGCACAGGUUGUCCUUGACUCUGAUGGUCAAAAGGAUUGGUGGAUAGCAGUAAAAUUUUCUGGGGUCACCAAGUAUGUGCACAAGGCAAACCAGUUUCUGCAGCCUGGCACUUCAAAUCGUUAUACUCAUGCUAUGAUGUGGAAAGGAGGAAAUGAUUGGGCUCUGGAGUUCACAAACCGAUGCCAUUGGUCACUUUUUAAGGUGAUGCAUGAAGAAUGCUACAAUCGAAACCUUAGAGCUGCUUCUAUUAAAAACAUUCCUGUACCAGGUGUUUGUCUAAUUGAUGAUGGGGAGGAUGAUGUUGUUGAGGUGCCGGUUAUUCGCAGCUCAAAGUAUCAUCAGCAGAUUGGGACUGAGGUUGAGAUGGCCUUGGAUCCAUCUCAUGUGUUGUAUGACAUGGAUAGUGAUGAUGAGGAGUGGAUUUCAAAAUACAAACUGCAUUUGGAUGGUAAUGGGAGUAGGGCAGCUGAGAUUACUGAUGAUAUGUUUGAGAGGAUAAUGGACGUGUUUGAGAAAAUUGCAUAUGCUAAACAAUGCGACAUCUUCACCGAUGAUGAAUUAGCAGACUUCGUGGUUGAAUUUGGUCCAAUGGACACCCUUAAAGCUGUCUAUGAACACUGGCAUGAAAAGAGGCAGAAGAAGGGUUUGCCCCUGAUUCGGCAAUUUCAGCCUCCAUUGUGGGAGCGUUACGAGCAGCAGUUGAGAGAAUGGGAAUUGGCUAUGAGCAAAAUUCGCAGUUCACUUGGUGGGUGCCAAAAUAAGGCAUGUCAAGUUGAAAAACCUCCCAUGUUUGCUUUCUGCUUGAAGCCACGUAGCCUGGAAGUACCUAACAAAUGCUUGAAGCAGCGAUCACACAAGAAGUUGAUGUUCACCGGUCACCGCUAUUCUUCUACCAGAGAGAAGGAUGGUCUCCGUGCUUCUGGCAGAAAAUUAAAUGAGUUUUCAGUCAGAGGGGAGAAGGCUUUGAUAUCUGAGCCAAACCAUGAGUUGUCUUGUUCUCCUCGGUGGCAUUCAUCUCCAUCUGGUUACUCACCAAGGGACGAUGCGAGGGCUGGAAUUCUAACAAUGAGCAGAGAUGUUCUAGAUAGAAGCCAACACCCGAAACUUCAAAGGACUAAUUCAAAGAAAAACAGAAUGUUGCUGGCUGCAAGGGAUUCUCAGAUGUUGCCAUUUUCCCAUAUAUUUUCAGAUUGUGGAGAACCAAGGAGAAAUGAAGUCAAUCGAUGGAGUGCUGAUGUGCGCGAAUGGCCUGGCAUGAAGCAGUCACAGUUGGAUGAGUUUCAGAAGCAACAAGCUGAUAUGAGAGAGUUUAGGUUGCAUGAUGCAUCAAGUGCAGCUCAACAUGCAUCAAACAUGGCUAAACUCAAGAGGGAAAAAGCUCAGUGGUUGUUGCGCAAGGCUGACCUUGCUCUUCAUAAAGCAACAGUUGCAUUUAUGACCGCAGAAGCGAUAAAAGCAUCUCAGAAAGAUGUGAUUGGUGAUGGUUAGAUGUGUAUCAGUUAUAUCUCAGGCAUGAAGAAAGUGGGAGAAAAAAGCAGGCACACUUUUUGCAUAUUGGUGGCCCAAUGUUUGCAUAGAUUGGUUGAGGCAUUUCUUUCUUGAGAAGAGCUGUUUAGCCAUCCACAAUGGUUUCCAGGCAAACUGGUGUCAUUAGGACCGUGCAAAGCCAGAUAAGUCAAUUUUGAGAAGUUUGAUCAGCUGGUCAAUUUUACCAUUUUGGCUUUCUACUGUAGUAACUCUCCAUUAAGGUGGAGUCUUGUAACUCCAAUCAGGGGAUUGUAUGUAGUUUUUUGGUUGAUACAUAUUGUACAGAAUUUUUUUUUUCUUUAGUUAUAUGUUAUUUCUGCGAAUGUGUGUUGA